GUGAAGGAGCUGGACAAUGCCGAAACUGGCGUCGGAAACUAGUCGGUGCAGCGGUGCUCAAAGAGGCGCAAAUAGAGUCUAACUUGCUGUCAGUAUAUUCCAUACGCUCUAACUUUAAUUUCAAAUUUGAUUUAGAUUGACUUACCUUGAACUACUCUCAACCACAAGUCGUUCUUGUCCUUUUGGUCGGCGGUUGUGAGAGUUGGAGAAUUCACCAAGGACGGAUAAACAAGCGCCCGAGAAUAGAGGGGAGAUCCCAAACCCAUAAAACCUUAAACCAAACUAAGGUGACUUUGCGUCACACAUACCCCCCCCCAUUGAAGCAAAUCAAUAUCAAAAAUCUAAGGCAUGUCAUUUCGAAAAAGAAAUGUAGUUGUCUCUUCACCUGGGGCCGCUACACCACCUCCAAGUGCUGCAGAAAAGAAUGUGGUUCCAGGUGUGCGACCUUCGCCAAUCGAUGGACGACCUACCACAUCGACCGGAACGAGAUCCCUUGAUAGUUUGCUGGGUGGGCAUGCUGGUUUACCUCUAGGGACCUCCCUCCUCAUUGAAGAGAGUGGUGCUACGGACUUUUCGGGUGCAUUGCUUCGGUACUAUGCUGCUGAAGGCGUUUUACAGGGUCACUGCGUUCAUGUGCUUGGAGUCGAUGAUUCCUGGGCGCGUGAGUUGCCCGGUGUUCAGGCUUCGUCAUCGCUGCCUGCUGGGAAAUCUGGACAGAAUGCUGCUGCCGAGAAAAUGAAGAUUGCGUGGAGGUAUGAGAGGCUUGGGGAAUUUGGAAAAGAUAGGCAAUCAGGCCCCCAAACUAGCACGGGUUCUAAUGACUUGAGCGGUCAAGCAGUCUUUUGUCACGAUUUUGAUCUCAGCAAGCGCCUGACUCUCCCCGAUCCAACGCUUCUACGAUGCGUCCCUGUGCAUACUCAGGCGGGCGCUAUUAUCACCGGCGAUGAGGGCAUAAGAUCCCCAUUUGACGGCUUUCUGCGGCAUUUGGUGGCACAAAUCUCUUCCCUGCCACCAGGAACGAUCCACCGCGUCGUCAUUCCCACCAUUCUUUCCCCCGUGGCAUAUCCAAGUGCGGCAUCAGAUCCCCGGCAUGUCUUGCAGUUUCUUCAUGCAAUCCGCGCCCUUCUCCGCCGAUUUCCAAACCAACUAACUGUCAUGACAUCGCUACCUCUAUCCCUCUACCCUCGCGUGUCCGGCUUGACGCGCUGGAUGGAGAUACUGAGCGAUGGAGUGUUGGAGCUUGCCCCCUUUCCAUCACAUGCGAACCUUGCUCUAGCUACUAGCGUACCUAGUUCAACAAUUCUGCAGGAGGAGCCUCCACAGGGGUUACUAAGGGUCUAUGAGCUGCCGAUAUUGCACGAAAAGGGCGGGGGGGAGCACCAGAGCGGGUAUACCGACGACUUGGCGUUUACACUGAGUAGGAGGAAGGGUCUAACAAUAAAGCCCUUUAGCCUGCCACCACUUGAUAGCGACGACAGUCCUGAUUCACACCAUCAUGAGUCUGGUCACAGUCAUGGGAAAUCUACUAAAGUGGACAUAGAGUUUUGAUGCAAAUCAAUAUGGUCAAGUCCAAUGCUACGGUUUACGCUCUGGAGGCUGCCUCUAGGUGCAACAGACUGGUGACCUUGUGCCAGUCACCAGCUAUGACAAGGUAGGAAAGCCUGGAACAUACCAUAUGGAUACAAACCAAUAUAUUGUGGAGUAUUGUAGUAUGAGUUCGCUGCGGCUCGGGGUCUGCCUGUGAUGCUGACACUGUACUGGAUGUGUUGGCGUGGGGAUUGUAUGUUGGAGAUUGGAGCAACAUAGAUAUGAUAUACUUAUAAAUAAUCAACGACUCAAAUAGUUCGACCAUUAAAAAAACAAAUUAAAUACAACAUAACGUG